GAGCACUAUUGAUCGUAUUUCGGUCUGCGAAAAGAGAUACAAUAAGUUUCUACUACAUUCUUUCCAUCAUAAUUACAAAUGGAAAUUCUUCAAAAUACUCAUCCCUACCAACAAUACCUGCAAGAAUUCCAAUACUUCAUUGUAAUUGAUUUCGAGGCCACUUGCGAUAAGGGAAAGAUCAUUUAUCCCCAAGAGAUAAUUGAAUUCCCAUCCGUAGUUGUCAGCGGCGUCACUGGACAACCACAAGGAUGGUUUCAGAGAUAUGUCCGUCCAACUUACAACCCGAUCCUCACUGAUUUUUGCAAAGAGCUCACUGGAAUAGAACAAACUGAGGUCGAUUAUGGAGUCACUUUGACCGAAGCUAUAUUCCAACACGACGAAUGGCUCAAAACUAUGGGAAUAAGGAACACCAACUUCGCCAUCGUGACAUGGUCCAAUUGUGAUUGCCAAAUAAUGCUUGAAUCCGAAUGCAAAUUCAAAAACAUUUACAAGCCAUUAUAUUUCAAUAGAUGGAUCAAUUUGCAAGUUCCCUUUCACGACAUCUUUGGUGGAGAAAAGUGCAACUUAAAGACGGCUGUCGAGAAAGCCGGCCUAACAUGGGAAGGCCGUUGGCAUUGUGGACUAGACGAUGCGAAAAACACUGCACGGCUAUUAUCAUUGAUCAUUAACAAAGGAUACGAGUUUUCAAUCACCGGCAUGCUACCCUACGAGCCAAAUGAUACCGCCGCGCCUUUGUGCUAUUGUCAAGUAAAAAGCAUCAAAGGAUUGAUUAGGAGACCCGGGUCACAGCAAGAAAAACAAUUCUUCGGAUGCGGAAAUUGGACUCCGACAAGAGGUGCUCAAUGUCCAUUCAGGAAAUGGAUUAUCAAUUCGAUUCCGGUGGGUGUCGAGGCUUGGAGUGACGAGCCAACUUCCAACCUUAAUGCGUGGUUAUCUCAGAUCAAUCGCUCUGAGCCGAAAACCGCGGUCCCUUUGAGGGAGAAAGAAGAAUGA